AUGACGACCAUGUCUGAAACGGAACUGCUCGGACUGUCUCCAGCAGCGGAAGAAAAGAUGGACACUGAAACGACAACACCGUCUCCUCAAUCGAUCCAGAAGGCCAAAGGGCCAGCAGCAGAGCUUGAGCCAACGGGCAAGCGACCAGAAAUGGACGUUGAGCUAUCCAGAAUAUAUAUUUAAUCUCAAGAGUUAGAUUUGCAACCCUUCUAAAAUUCAAAUUACCAUCAGGAAAUCCUAGGGGCUGAAAAAAUCAAGUGCUCAUUUACAAUUUCAUUGAAAAAAAAUUUUUUUGGAGGAAAGUUAUAUGAUUUAUGUGGAUUUUCAACACUUUAAUGUUAUAAAAUGUCAUUAUCAAAAAAAAAUUUUUUUUCAAUUUGAAAAACUGAGCUUUUUACGUAAGGAUUGAAAAUGCGAGAUUGUACACUUUUCACAAAGUUUAGAACAUCAAAUUAUUUCCUAAAUCCUCUUCAUGGAAAGCAUUGAACAGAUAAAUUAGAGUAUGAAUUUAUUUCCGAAAAAACGCGCCUGGGAGAUUGUCUGAGCUUCCUUUUUUUGAACAGUUUUUCAUGAAUAAGCAAAAUUGAGUGAUCUGAAGCUCUAAAAAUAUUCAAGUUAACUUUUAAAAAAAGUUUUUUUUAAUUACCCAAGCACCCACCCAACGAAAAAAAUAAAUAAAUGAAAAGGUAUGGGUAUAUUUUUCCCUAGAAAGGGCAAGGGGACAACCAAAUCCUGACAAAAAUGGAUAUUUGAGUGGUCAAGGCGAUAACCAGAUUCUGACAGUAGUAAGCAAAGUUCUAAUAGUCAAAUGUAAUUGGACGUUCAUAAAUGACGUCGUUUUGCUCUUCUUUUUCUUACGUUAUUUUCAAAUUUUUUAAAUCAAAAUCUCGGAUUUGGACCAUUUCCAAGAGCUUUAUCGUUCGAUGAAACACGAGAUCUUCAAUCAUAAAUUUUUAAUAUUUUAUUGUACUUUUCUUGAACUGCUUCCAUUUAUUGAUGGAAAACGUUUUUUAGACUUUAAAAAAAAAAUGUAAAACUAGCGAGCUCAAGGCGCUGGGAAUCGUCUUCGCGGUGAAGAAAAACUACGGUCGUGACAGAUCAUGCACCCCUGAAGGCCUCACUCUAUCGAAAAGACCUAGAAGGACGGCUAGCGAAAUACCAACUGGUACUUCAGGAGUACGACCUGAACAUCGUCUACAGACCAGGGAAAAAGAACCUCGUGUCCUUGUUCAGCACCGAAACAUGCUACCGGGAAAGGUUGAGGCGAAGCCCUUUUUCCACGUUACAAUAGAUGAUUCCGGCUGGAUCCAUUUUUCUUAG